GGGCAAAGCGCCAAGGUUGCAAAGAUUCUGCCGGCUCACGCUUGUUUUCUACUGGGGUCCAGAUGGCUCACCUGUGGCUGCUGAUGGCCCUGAGCUGGGGUGUUCUGGUUUCGGGGUGGGAACAGGAUCAUGAAAGCUCACUUUCUGAAGAACUGAAACCUGAGAGUGGGACGUUGGAUGACGACGACGGCGGUAGCGGCAGUGAAUACAACGAAGGCGCUUUUACUGAUUUUGAGGAAGUGGAAACAUUGGAGCCCGAUCCCGGAAAACGGGAUGGGGCAACGCCCGUUGCAACCCAGGAAGAAACAAUCGAACCCUCUUUGAGGAUCUGGACGAGCACCACUGAGCCAAGUCACAGCGGUUUCCGAGUAACGUGCGACGACGAAGGCUUUCGGAUCAUUCUCCCGGCCAGUCAGUUCCGCGACGUGAAAGUUUUGAGCGCUGAGCACCCGCAACCUGCCGAUCACGCUGGAUGUGGUCUCAACGCGAGCCGCUUGGAGAACAUCUUAACUGUUCCUUUCACGGGAUGCCACGUCGAGAACACAGAUAGCUACAGCCUGCAACUGUUGUACGAGGACGAGCUCGGUGAGACCCGAGUCACCACGGUGAUGUGCCACACUGGUCGGGAGUCCACACCCGGGCCAAUUCCUCGCUCUGGCAUCCCACCCGGUACCCCUGCGUCACGGUGCCGCACGCCGCCGCCACCGCACACGCCGCCAAGGGCACAACAAUGUGCCGUGGCCCCUGAGGAGCGCCUGCCCUGUGGCCAUUCUGGAAUUUUGCCCUUUAAUUGUGAGGCCAUGGGGUGCUGUGUGAAUCCAACUAGGGAUAAAUGCUUCUAUCCAAUGGAUGAGUGCACGGUGGACCUCCAUUUUGUAUUCAUCAUCCGCUCCACAUACGCGUCCCUGCCUGUGGACCCCACCCAGCUGGUCAUUCCCGGAACGGACUGCAAACCCGUUGUGGUGAAUGCCGACUUUGCCAUCUUUAAGUUCAAAGUCAGCGAAUGUGGAACACGCACUUAUGACAUUGGCAUGACGAGGUUCUACCUGGCUGAAGUCCAGACUCUUGUCCGAGCUCUCAACCUCAAGUACGGCAUCAUCACAAGAACGGAUCCAUUAAGGUUCUUGGUGGAGUGUCGCUACAGUUUGGCUGCUCACGACCAGCAGCCGUUCGCCAGCGCCGGCUACAUGGUGAAGAUCCCAAGUCGCAGCCUGCCGACAGCCAUCCCCUCGGAUGGUUUAUAUGGCGUUCAGCUGAGGAUCGCCACAGACGAGACCUUUUCAUCUUUCUUGCCUUCUUUCCCGACAUUGCGGUACAUCCUGGGCAAACCUGUGUACCUGGAACUGAGACUAUUGUCACCCAAACCCGAUGCGACCAUUUUGGUCAAGUACUGUCUGGCAUUCCCUCGCUCGGCAAAGAACGCCCUGGUGCUCGUUUACGAAGGGUGUGCCAAUCCUCAUGACCCAAAUGUGGCUAUCCUGCAAAUUAGCAAUUUGCCCCAAAAUCGCCAUCAGAGGCAUUUUGAGGUGAAGGUGUUCCAGUUUAUGGAUGUUAAGACUAAGCGGUACCUCAAUGAACAAAUCAACUUCAUGUGCUCUUCGGAGGUUUGCAGGUCGGACGAGAAGACUUGCGAAGAGCGCUGCUUUGAUGGAAAAGUGCCAUAAGGACUCAUAGCAUGCGUACACAAACCGAAAACAUUUUAUUGUACAUUAAACAGACUGCCCAAUGUA